CUAAACUGUGCUUGAUCUGGGCAGAAUUCCAGGGGCUUCAGAGAUACUGGUCUUUGCCAAGGUUUGGGUAUCCUGAUUGCAUUGUCAUAGCUGGAACCAUGCAGCUGUUCAUCCGUGCUCAGAACCUGCACACCCUUGAGGUGUCUGGCCAGGAAACAGUAGCUCACAUUAAGGCUCACAUUGAGUCCCUGGAAGGCAUUGCACCUGAGGAUCAGGUGGUUCUCUUGAGUGGAACUCCCUUGGAGGAUGAAUCUCUCAUUGGGCAAUGUGGCAUCAGCGAGUUUGCCACCCUGGAGGUGGCUGCUCGCAUGCUGGGUGGUAAGGUCCAUGGGUCCCUGGCUCGUGCUGGGAAGGUGAGAGGCCAGACUCCCAAGGUUGCCAAGCAAGAGAAGAAAAAGAAGAAGACUGGCCGUGCCAAGAGACGCAUGCAGUACAACCGGCGCUUUGUCAAUAUCGUGCCGGGCUUUGGCAAGAAGAAGGGCCCCAAUGCUAACUCCUAAAUGGCACACUUCACCCAAUAAAGCAGAUGUCACCUG